AUGAGAAUCUCACAGGUUCUUGCUUUUGCUGCAACUGCAGUUGCAGUGACAAUCCCGCGCUCCAAAUCUUCCCCUACUUCGCUCACAGAUGUGACCAUCUUCACACCACCCUCCAACUACAAUAUUCCGCGGACUCUUUACCCACGUAACGAGCAGCUUCCCAACGGCGACAUUCUUGCAACAUGGGAAAACUACUCUCCAGAGCCACCGGCAGUCUACUUCCCUAUCUACCGCUCUCAGGACCACGGAAAGACCUGGAAGGAGAUCUCCAAGGUCCAUGACACUGCCAAUGGAUUUGGCCUGCGUUAUCAGCCAUUCCUUUACUAUCUGCCCGAGCGCAUCGGCUCCUUUAAGAAAGGCACUCUACUUCUAGCCGGCAGUAGCAUUCCGACUGACCUGUCGACCACAAAUAUCGAUCUUUAUGCGUCGCAGAACGACGGCAAGACUUGGAAGUUUGUUAGCCACAUUGCUGCCGGAGGAGAAGCGCUGCCAAACAAUGGUCUGACUCCAGUAUGGGAGCCAUUCCUCCUUGCUCACAAGGGCAAGCUGAUUUGUUAUUACUCGGAUCAGCGGGACAAUGCAACCUACGGACAGACAAUGGUUCACCAGACCUCAACUGAUCUGAAGCACUGGGGACGUGUUGUAGAGGAUGUUACCUACCCGACAUAUACCGACCGCCCAGGCAUGCCAGUUGUGACCAAGCUCCCCAAUGGUCAAUACUUCUACGUUUAUGAAUAUGGCUCUUUCUUCGGUACUGAAAGCUACUCCUUCCCUAUCUACUACCGCAUGUCGUCCGACCCGGAAAAGAUCGCAUCCGCCCCCGGCCGGCCCCUGCUUGUCUCUAGUGGUACUAAGCCUAUGUCUUCGCCGUACGCUGUGUGGACACCUUAUGGUGGAAAAAACGGCACCAUCAUCGUCAGCUCCGGUACACAGAGUACUCUGUUUAUUAACAAAGCUCUUGGAGAAGGAGAGUGGACAGAGAUCGCUUCGCCCGAAGAAAGCGGCUACACACGGGCUCUGCGGGUGCUGUCGGAGAACGGAGGUCGAUACUUGCUUGUGCAUUCUGCUGGAGUGCUAAAUGGCUCAAAUAAUCGGGUCAGCGUAAGUGUGAUGGAUUUGAAAAAGGUAUUGUAA